AUCCAUUUAAAUAUAUUAGUAUAGAUAUAUAAAAAAAAUAUAUUAGUAUAGAUAGUAUUAGUAUUAGUAUAGGAAACAAAGUAUAUCACCUACCUACAUCUGAAAUAACCGUUACCAUGACAACGGGUAAUAUUGACAAAAUAUUGUGUUUUUGAAACGAUUAUAUCUCCAAAAAAAACUAAUAAAAAAUGUUUUUAAUUUGAUAUACGAAAUAAUUGAAUUGAAUCAAAUAUGAAAUUAUUGAAGUUCCACCUACGAUACCAUCCGCCGGGUAUCAUACUCGAGUACUCCCAGAAGGGACUCAUCAAGAACAAGGACAUUGAUCUUCUUGAGCUAAACAGCAACUCAGACAUAAAAGAAAUAGCAAAGAGUCUGUACCAGAAGGAACUGCUUAUUACAGACGAUGUACGUGAUCAACUAGAACAGUGCCUUGAGACACUGAAGAAGAGAAUCGAGCACGAGGGUCCCUCUGGGAAGCGCUUCUACAUCUACAAAACCCUUCAGACCCAUGUCUUGCCCUUAACAAAUGUAGCGUUUGAUAAAAAUGGAAAAAGAUGCCUAUCCGGUAGUUACGACAGAACAUGCAAGGUAUGGGACGUAGAGACCGGGAAAGAGAUAAAAACAUUGACAGGACAUCAGAACGUGGUAUAUUCUGUGGGAUUCAAUUUUCCCGCCUGCAACCGCGUUAUAUCAGGCUCGUUCGAUAAGUCUGCAAAAAUAUGGAAUCCCAGCACUGGGGAAUGUUUGGCGACCUUCUGGGGCCACCAGGGCGAAGUGGUAGCUGCCCAGUUCAACGGAAAAGGAGACUUGGUAGGAACCGGAUCAAUGGACCAUACUGCUAAACUCUUCGAUGCUAGGACUGGUGCCGAAAUCCACACGUACGUUGGUCACACCGCUGAAGUGAUUGCUUUGCAAUUUGAUCCAAACGAAGGGCAGAGACUGAUCACCGGAUCCUUUGAUGGCACUAUAUCCAUGUGGGACACCAGAGUCAAAGACCGCGUGACGGUGCUGUCUGGUCACGAGGGCGAAAUCUCGAACGUGCAGUUCAACUGGGACAGCUCGCUGGUGGGCUCCUCGUCCCUGGAUGGCAGUGCCAAGCUGUGGGACGCGCGCAGCAAUGCUUGCCUCGCGACCGUGGCCAGCCACAGCGAUGAGGUGUUAGAUAUCUGCUUCGACUGGGCCGGUCACCGCAUGGCUACCUCCUCAAGCGACUGCUCGGCGAGGGUCUACGAUGUUCGCGCCGACUUCAAGGAGCUUGCCGUCAUGAAGGGCCACAGAGAGGAAGUCUCCAAGGUCUGCUUCAGUCCGGCCGGUGGAUGCCUGCUGACCGCCUCUGCGGAUAGGAGCGCCAGGAUUUGGAAUACAACGACUGGAAAUUGUAUUCAGGUACUCUCGGGCCACCAAGGCGAGAUCUUCUCCUGCGCGUACUCGUACGCAGGAGACGCCAUCAUCACCGCCUCCAAGGACAACACCUGCAGAAUUUGGAGAUGAUUGGACUGGUGGCUCUAAGAGUCACCACCAACUGCAAACAAACAAUAUGUUUCAGAGAAUCUGAUGAUGCCAUAAUUGUGAAUACAACGUGCAGUACCUCUAUAUUUUAGUAGUAAUUAUAUCUUGGCGGUUAGAGAUGCCAAUUUAAAGUAAUAUAAAUUUUUGUUCCACAAAUAACAUAUUUCAAUAUUCACAAAAUUGCUACGAUAUCAACGAUUAUCGAAGGAUUAACAACGAUAACGAAAAGUAGCUUUAGAUUUUAAAGAAAA